GUUUAAUUCCGCUGGCGGGCUGCUCGGACUUCUAUUUGUGACACAUGUGUGUACAUCAGAGAUAAAGGCGAUCUGAAGAAGAGAAGAAAGAAAGAAACAAAAGAUUAAAAGAAGCCUCCAUCCAUUUCACAUGGCCAUACCAGGAGGUGUCUGACAUCCAGGCCAGGGCUGUCUAUGUGAUGACGAAAUUCUAGAAAAGAGCAACAUAUAUUUGUGGGUAGGGAAGAGUUUCACACAGGACAUGGAGUUAGCCAAAGAGGGUGGCAUAGAUGAAAGACUGGAGCCUAUUAAACAAGAGGACCAUGAGUGGGGUGCACCGGAAUAUUUAUGUGUGAAGGUGGAGGAUUGUGAAAGAAGAAUUUCAGUUUUUAAAGAGGAGGAGUGCAAGGAGAAGAUUAUUGAAAUUAAAGUUGAGGAUUCAGAAAAUUUGUCAGUUAGUCUUGAACUGCAAAAGCAUGAAACUGGGAAUAUUUCUAAGGAAGAUAUCUGUGAAGAAUCUCAUUUCAGUUCACAGCCUUUAGUCACUAAUGUGGGACAACUGACCACCCAGCAGAAUUCGGUGGGACUGAAAUCUGAGAUAACUGAGUUUGAAGAAAAAGUCGGUGAAGGAAUCGGGAGAGAAGCAGAUGAACGGAAUUCAUCAAUGAGUGUGGGAAGAAAUUUCUGUCUGAAUGUCAGCCUCUCGCCAUCUUUAUCUGUUCAGCCCUCUCUGGACCAGAAACGGGACAAAGGGAACAUGAAGAAAUCAACAAGAGCAUCUGAGAAUUUGACAGCAUCCUCUUUCCAUUGUAGUUCUCUUUCUUUGAAAGAAGCUGUCAAAACUGACCAAGAUCAAGGACAUAACACAGAUUCAGAGGCUUUGCAGACUGGUCAAGAAUGUGGAGAAAUGUUUAAAAAUAAGUCUGACUGUAAAGAUAACAAGUCAGUUCAUUCGAAACCAAAGCCAUUUUGCUGUUUAGAAUGUGGAAAAAGAUUUAGCCAGAGUAGCAAUCUUCAGAGUCACUCGAGAAUACACACUGGAGAAAAACCAUAUUGCUGUUCUGAAUGUGGGAAAAGAUUUAUCCGGAGUAGUGAUCAUCAGGUACACAUGAGAAUUCAUACUGGAGAGAAGCCAUAUUGCUGUUCUGAAUGUGGCAAAGGAUUUAGCCAGAGUAACGAUCUUCAGAGUCACAUGAGAAUUCACACUGGAGAAAAACCAUAUUGCUGUUCUGAAUGUGGUAAAAGAUUUAGCCAGAUUAGCCAUCUUAAGAGUCACACAAGAAUUCACACUGGAGAGAAGCCAUAUUGCUGUUCUGAAUGUGGCAAAGGAUUUAUCCGGAGUAGCGAUCUUCAGAGUCACACAAGAAUUCAUACUGGAGAAAAGCCGUAUUAUUGUUCUGAAUGUGGCAAAAGAUUUAGCCAGAUUAGCAAUCUUCAGAGUCACACAAGAAUUCAUACUGGAGAAAAGGCUCACUGCUGUUCUGAAUGUGGCAAACAGUUUUCAGAUAAAGUCCUACUUCAAAGGCACCAAAGACUUCACACAGGAGAAAAGCCAUAUUGCUGUUCUGAAUGUGGUAAAAAGUUUACACGGAGAGGCCAUCUUCUGAGCCACCAAAGAAUCCACACAGGGGAGAAGCCAUAUUGCUGCUCUGAAUGUGGAAAAUACUUCUCUUACAGAAGUAAUUUUCAGAUACACAUUAAAACUCACUCAGGAGAGAGGCCGUAUUGCUGCUCUGAAUGUGGUAAAGAGUUUUUAUAUAGAAGCUGUCUUAAGAGCCACCAAAGAAUUCACUCAGGAGAGAAGCCAUAUGACUGUUCUGAAUGUGGUAAACAGUUUUCAGAAAGAAGCCAUCUUCAGAGCCACCAAAGAAUCCACACAGGGGAGAAGCCAUAUUGCUGCUCUGAAUGUGGAAAACAAUUCUCUGACCGUAGUCAUUUUACCGUACAUAACAGAAUUCACACUGGAGAAAGACCAUAUGGCUGUUCUGAAUGUGGCAAAAGAUUCACCAACAAUUUCACUCUUCUCAGGCACAGAAGAAUUCAUAUGGGAGAAAAGCCAUAUUGCUGCUCUGAAUGUGGUAAACGUUUUUCCCAUAACUGGAGUCUCCUAACACAUUCAAGAGUACAUACUGGAGAAAACCGCUAUGGCUGUUCUGAAUGUGGCAAAAAGUACACCAACAACAGUGAUCUUCAGAUCCACAUAAGAAUUCAUACCAGAGAGAAGCCAUACAUCUGUACUGAGUGUGGUAAAAGAUUCACCUCUAAUAAAGCACUUCAGACACACAUGAGAACUCACACAGGAGAGAAACCAUAUUGCUGUUCUGAAUGUGGGAAACAAUUCUGUGAUCGUAGCUCUUUUAAGAGGCACAUAAGAGUUCAUACUGGAGAGAAGCCAUAUUGCUGUUCUGAAUGUGGUAGAAGAUUCACCUCUAAAUGCAAACUUAAGAACCACCAGAGGACUCACACAGGAGAGAAGCCAUAUUGCUGUUCUGAAUGUGGUAAACGAUUAUCUUAUUGUAGCUCUCUUAAGAGGCACAAAAGAAUUCAUACUGGAGAGAAGCCAUAUUGCUGUUCUGUAUGUGGCAAACGAUUCUCUGAUGCCAGUACUCUUAAGUGGCACAUAAGAAUUCACACUGGAGAAAAGCCAUAUUGCUGUUCUAAAUGUGGCAAACAGUUCACUUUUAGUAGCAAUCUUCGGCAUCAUGCAAGAAAACAUACUGAAAGAAAGCCAUGUUGUUGUUCUGAGUGUGGCAAACGAUUCUCUGAUGGUCGCUGUCUUAAUAGGCUCAAAAGAAUUCACACUGGAGAGAAGAAAAAAAUACAACUCGCCGGUUCCACAGAUGGAUUAGAACCACACUGCUGACAGAAGAACAGAAAAUGAGGAGGUUUCAGUCAGUUGUGACAGACCAAUGACCAGAGUCAGCAGACGGAAAAUUAGAUACAAGUAACGCAGACACAGUUAUUAAAGACAGUCUGACAGAGCAUGGGUGCUUGAUGUUUCAUUCCAAUGUGAUUACUAAAUGCUCGGUACGUGUGGAAGAAAUUUACCGGCACUCCCUGCACCGGGUGCCUCUUAUAGGCAAUAAAAUGCAGGCAGAAGAAAAGCUUCCGUCAUUCUACUUUAUUAUCUAAGUCUUACAAGAGGUAACCCUUAAAGGAGCACAAACACCUUGUCAGCAAAUGUUACAAAAGGAGGGGUGCCUGUCGGGCUCUAGUUAUAUGCUUCAUUAAAUUGGUCACAAUUCCAAGGAAUUCACUGCAUAAUCAGAAAACUUUUAACAUGAGUAGUUACAUCCAGUAGCUAACCGGAUGUGACAAAUCCUUAAUCUGAUUGGCAGUCCUGUUAAUUUAGGAGUAAGUGACUUUUAGGUGUGUUAAAAGUACACGGACCACUUCGUGUCCAUUCCAUUCUGAACCAUCCAUCCAUUACACUAUGUAACAAAUUUUUAUUUUGUUCCUGGGUACAAAGUUUGUUUUCCUAACCCGUUAUGCCUAAAAAAAAUAGAAAAUAGCUGUUGUUCCACAAAAACUUUGCUUUUGUGAUGAGGACAAUGAUAUUUUGAAAUUUGUCUGUUUUUGAGAAAAUUCUCGAUUCGCAUUCAAUACUGAGUAGUCUUCUAGAAUAUUCUUGAACUGAUAGAAUUGUCCAGAAGUUUCUAGAAUUUUCCAGAAUUAUCUAGAACUUUCUAGAAGGUUCUUGGACUAUCCAAUAGUAGUCAUACAAGUAUAAAAGCACAGGUGACUCAAACCAACAUUUCAGUUUAUUUUAUUUUA